CUGCAUCGCAUAUCAUCACAAGAGAAUAUAUUUCCACUAGCUAGAAGAAAGAGGAACAAGAAUUUAGGCAUUUCUUCGCAAUUAUCGUUUUUUUUUUUUUCUUCAACUUCAAUUAAUGGCAGAUCAGCAGAAAAUCCAUCCAGUCACCCAAGAUGUGGAAGCAGCACACCCACCCACAGUUCCAUUAAUGCCUAGGAACUCUUCCAAGUCUGAUAAUGGCGAUCCUGUUGAGCAUUUUCCUCCCUUACGGCGUACCAUUCCGGUGAUGCACUCUAAACCACCCAAGAGAAGAAGCUGUUGCUGCAGGUGCUUGUGUUGGACUCUCAGUAUUGUCUUGCUCCUUAUAGUCAUAAUCGGAGUCGUUGCCGGAAUCCUCUACCUUGUUUUCCGGCCAAAACUUCCAGACUAUUCGGUGGAUAGACUCCGAAUAACCCAGUUCAAUCUCAGCAGCGAUUCAAGCUUGUCUGCAGCGUUUGAUGUGACAAUUACUGCAAAAAAUCCAAACAAGAAAAUCGGAAUCUACUACGAGGGAGGGAGCCAUAUAAGUGUGUGGUACACAGGAACGAAACUAUGUGAAGGAUCGCUGCCGAAAUUCUACCAGGGACACAGGAACACGACAGUGCUGAUCGUGCCAUUGGCAGGGCAAACACAGGACGCAAAUGGGCUGUUGACUUCCCUGCAACAGCAGCAGCAGGAGAACGGAAUCGUUCCUUUGAACCUUAGGGUUAAGCAGCCAGUGAGAAUAAAGCUUGGGAAGUUGAAAUUAAUGAAAGUGAAGUUCUGGGUCAAAUGCAAGCUCGAUGUGGACAGCUUAUCUGCCAAUAACGCCAUUAGUAUUAGAAAUAGUAGUUGUAAGUUCAGGUUUAGGUUAUAACUUUUUUAAUUAUUUUUAUUUUAUUUUAUUAUUGUUAU